CUACUUAUUCGCAGACGGCGUGAUAACUCCCAACAAGUUCCAGAAACAGUUGCAGGAGUUACUGGAGAAUGAGGUUUACUUCCCCGACAUAUCUGUCAGCCGCCCGUCUUCCAGGGUGCACUGGGCGAUACGGGUACCAAACGACGAGGAGCAAAGCAUAUACGUGUGGCUGGACGCUCUCAUCAACUACCUAACUGCUAUCGGGUAUCCUGAUGAGGACGCCAUGAUACGGCGCGGCCGGCCCUGGCCUGCUGACGUGCACGUAGUAGGGAAGGAUAUACUCAAGUUCCACGGCAUCUACUGGCCGGCCUUCUUAAUGGCCACAAGCUGGCCGCCGCCGCGCCGCCUCGUCUGCCACUCGCACUGGACGGUAGACGGAAGCAAGAUGUCCAAGUCUUUAGGCAAUGUGGUGGACCCCAGGAGGACCCCUGUGAAUCCCUCUGCGUUGAGAUAUCUACUGUUGAGGGAAGCUACCAUGGCUAGUGACGCUAACUACAGCGAAACCAAGCUAAUAAACGUAGCCAACUCCGAGCUAGCCGAUACGCUAGGCAACCUGGCGUCCCGUUGUUGCGGCGCGUCCCUCAACCCGCGACAAGAGUUCCCUCCAUUACACGUGCACGAACUUGCAACGUGUCGGCAAGUUGACGUCACUGCGAAUCUUCUAGACCGAGUAGAGAGAUUGCCUGAAAUCUGCCACGAGCACUACACAAACUACCAGUUCUACAAAGCCGUAGACGCGGUCAUACACACGCUACACCUCGCCAAUCUCUUCUUCGAGACGCACAAACCGUGGGAACUCCGAAAACAAGUGGAGAACCAGAAACACCUCGACGUCAUCCUACACAUCACCAUGGAAACGCUACGAAUAUGCGGAAUAAUACUCCAACCGAUAAUACCUGAUAUGUCCCAAAAACUACUCGAUAAACUACAAAUACCGAAGGAUUCCAGAAACUGGCAACACUGCGAGCGGCCAUCUUGGAGCAUAGAGGACGCGAUAUACGAAACGAAAUACAUACAGAAUGGCAAGUUUGUGCUGUUUCAGAGAGUUUAUGUGGAUAAGAAUAAUGUGCAGAAGAAAAAGGCGAAAGCGUAGGACUUGUAAUGUGGCAAUUUGUUUGGGUGGAAUAACUGAAACAAGAAAUAAUGUAGUUCCUACGUUAUGUUUUAACUUGAUGCCUUGUUUUCAGGUCUAAAAUGGAAUCGAAAACUAUUUUGAAACUGUUUGCGAUACAUUUUUUUGCCAAUUAUGUCUUCUCCAUCAAUCAUCGUGUUUAGCAAAAUUAAAUGCAUCAAUCAAGCUGAAUAAUUUGUAACUAAAAUUUUAUUUUAUGUAUUAUGUAUUGGAAUGUCUCACACUAUAGAAUGUCUCUAUGGAAGUUAAUUUUGAAAUUAAAUAAUCUAAAAAAUCAAUGACAAAAGAUUGCCAUUGUUACUUUAUGAAAGCCACGCUCAAUAUUUUAAGACGUAUUGGUGCAAUUUAUAUAUUUUAUUAUGUCGGUUAUAAAAAGUAGAAUAUUAAAAUAUAUCCACUUUUAAAUAUUUCACUACCCUACUAGUGCUUUCAUUAAUUUUAAGGAAGGUGUUUUGUUCUACUAUUUUUUGUUGUUUUAUAAUACUGUUCCUGAUUGUUCUUAAAUACCAUACAUAUCAUACAUUUCCAUUAGUUGUUCCAUUAAAGCUGGCACGAAUUGUAUAAAUGAAAUUAUUAUACUCUCUGCUGCUAUUCGUGUGAAGAUAGCUUAUGCUUCAACCACAACAACGCGUGCAAAUCGCCAUCGCCGCCGGCGCGAUCAUAGGGAAAUGACAGGUUUUUAAUCGCGCCGGCGAAGCUUUAGAUAACAGGUUUUAGCAGCCUUUCACAAAGAAAACUAUUAAGUUGAAAAAUGUACGGACUUGGCAUGUUCAUAGAAGAAACUGCAUAUUUUUGUGGGUAUAAAAUUGAACACAAGUAUGUUAAUAAUAAAGGUAGGGGUUUUUAAUAUUUAUAAUACCUUGCUUUACUUUUCUUUGGCUCGUUUCGUGCCAGCUCUAAUAAAAUAGUAUUUAGUCACGUGUAAAUAAGGGUCAAAUCAUUUCAGAAAUACAGUAACUAUCUCGUUUUAUCGUGGUAAGACUUCAAGUGGUGCAUUUUUGUGUAGUUCAAAUCUCUAGUUCGUAGGUUAGUUUGUGUUCGACUGAUGUUAUUUAUAUUUUGAGAUUAAAUAUUGUUAAAGUUUUAUUUGUU